UUGUUUCCGGGACACAUUGUCAGUCGCACCAGGAAGCCGCGGCUCCGUUUCCGGUUCACAUAUAAACAAGUUGGCGGUAAAGAUGGAGGCUGCGGAGAGCGGACAGUUACGCGAGGCUGAAAGCAGCGAGGAGUCCCGCGUCCAGGUGACGUCCAAGAGACACGUCGUGGGACAAAUAGACCAAUACAAGGACAUUCUGAGGACAGCUCUGGACGGACAGCCGGACGUCUCCGAGGACACGAAGCGGGUUUUACUGCAGGAGCUGCUGAUAAACUUCGAGGGCGGCGUGCAGGACAACGUGCUGGUGAACGGGCAGCCGUGGGAGGAGGCGCCCGAUGUGGAAGCGGAGGACGAGGCGAUGGACCUGGAGAGCCUGCUGGACGACACAAUAGUCGAGGCGGCCAGGCGGCGCCGCGCCUACCCGAAGAAGAUCCUUCCUCACGUGGUGCACUCGCUGAGGGCGGAGCGGAGCCUCAUGGGUCUGUACGAGCAGGCGGUCAAACCUCAAGAGGUCGUCACCGAUCCAGGUCAAGAGAGCUUCAUGAAGGAUUUGUCAGCUGAAGCUCCUGUGGUGGUGAAACAGGCCAUCCAGGCCAUAAAGGCGAUCACCACGCUGCAGAAGCAAGCCGAGGGGCUCCGUGAGAUCCUCAACAUGAAGCCCAGUCGCGGCACCCUGGAGAUCCACCGAGAGGUGUUUGGCUGCGACGGCCAAUCGGACGGAGCCGCGCGGCGCGGGCGUCCAAUCGAGAGAAGCACGGAGGAGGCAGCCGCCGCGGAGGGCUACGUUCCCCUCCGAAAGAAACCCGAGUGACACUUUCUUUCUUGUGUUUGUGUUCUUUACACAACAGAACGCAGCGGUGAAAAGGAUCCGUCCCGUCUCACAUUUGGACAUAAAUAUCAUUAAUGGAGACGUUACGGUGACGUCCCAUAAAAUGUCUCCGUGUUGAGGAGAUAAUAAAAAGUCUUCGUAUUGUUCAAUAUGAACUUCUCGCUUGCAGGACCUUUUCUGCUCUGACGUCCUAUAAAUAAGAUCCUGACACAGUGACCUGGGUUAUUUAACCAGUGUCUCUGCAGGAGGAGCAGCGCGUGCUCUCUGAGGCCUGUAGUGCUCCAGAGGAGCAGCAGGGGGCGCCGCUCCCCUCGUGUACUCUUAUGUUACCUCGUUUGACACAAAUUAUGAAAGCAGGCGCAACACGACUUUGAUAAUUAAGUUCAAGAUGUCAGAUGCAUGUUUAUGGAUUUGAAAGCAGCUCACAGCAUGAAUAAGUCUGAUGGACCUUCAGAGUUUAAUAAAUGUUUCUCUAAUGUAAUAACCAAAGAAAAGUUUUUUAAUUUAGUGCACUGAAAGAAAACAAGUAUGACACAACACAAAGGAAGUUUUCUUAAUCCUUCAAACCUUCAUUUCUAAUUUAACAUGAUGUUUCCCAUAACCCCCCCCCCCCCCCGUGCCCCUCCCCUC